CCCCCCGCCCCACUGGGGGGGUGACGGUGACGGUGACAGGGGGGUCACCGUGGUCACCAACAGCCCCUGGGCCGGCGGAGUCACCAUCACCGUCACCGCCGCCGACGGAGGGGACACGGAGGACAUUGGGGACAUCCAGGACACUGGGGACAUGGAGGACACUGGGGACAUCCAGGACCUUGGGGACAUGGAGGACACUGGGGACAUGGAGGACAUUGGGGACAUCCAGGACAUUGGGGACAUCCAGGACAUUGGGGACAUGGAGGAUAUUGGGGACAGCGGGGACAUUGAGGACGUCAAGGGCGUUGGGGACAUUGGAGGUGUCAAGGACCUUGGGGACAUCCAGGGCCUUGGGGAUGUCAAGGAUCUUGGGGACAUCAAAGAGUUUGGGGGCCUCGAGGACAUCAAGAACAUCGGGGACGUUGGGGACGUCGAGAACAUUGAGGGAAUCAAGGAUAGAGAAGAUAUUUGGGACAUCAAGGACCUCGGGGACAUCGGGGACGUCAAGAACAUCGGGGACAUUGGGGACAUUGGGGACAUUGGGGUCAUGAAGGCCCUUGGGGACAUUGGGGGCAUUGGGGACAACAAGGCCCUUGGGGACAUCAAGGUCCUCAUGGAUGUUGGGGACAUGGGGGACAUUGGGGACAUCAAGAACAUUGGGGACAUCAAGAACAUUGGGGACAUCAAGGCCCUCAGGGACAUUGGGGACUUCAGGGCCAUCAGGGAUGUUUGGGACAUGGGGGACAUCGGGGACAGGGAUGUCACCACCCCAAGGGACAUUGGGGACAGGGACAGGGACGUUGGGGACGUUGGGGACAGGGGUGUCACCACCCCAAGGGAUGCUGGGGACAUGCAGGUCCCGGUCCUGAGGGACACUGGGGACACUGGGGACAGGGAUGGCCCAGGGGACACCCGGGUCCAGGAUUCUGGGGACACACCCCCGAGGGACAUUGGGGACAGGGAUGUCACUGUCCUGGGGGACACUGGGGACAGGGAUGGCCCUGUCCUGGGGGACAAGGAUGUCACCACCUCGAGGGACAUCGGGGACAGGGGUGGCACUGUCCUGGGGGGGGCAGGUGACGAGGGCAGGGAUGUCACCACCCCAAAGGACAUUGGGGACAUUGGGGACAUUGGGGACAGGGAUGUCACCACCCCAAAGGACGUUGGGGACAUUGGGGACAUUGGGGACAGGGAUCUCACCACCCCAGGGGACACUGGGGACAUUGGGGACGGUGACGUCACCAUCCCAGAGGACACUGGGGACGUUGGGGACGGUGACAUCACCGCCCUGGGCGCCCCCGGUGCCACCCUCCGGGCCGGUGGCAUCACCAUCACCGUGGAGGCCCCGCCCCCGGAGGACGAUGACGUCACCGACGAAGAUGACGUCACCGCCGAUGACGUCACCGCCGAUGACAUCACUAAUGACAACGACGUCGCUGGAAAGGACGGUGAUGUCACCGAUGAUGUCACUGAGGGCGGGGCCGGCCCCGCCCCUCCCCCCGCGGUUGGUGUCCCCACCGGUGACGUCAUCGGGUCCCCCCUCCCCAGUGACAUCACGGACGAGGGCGGUGAUGACGUCACUUCCUGUGCGCCGGGCGAUGACAUCACCUCCGGGCUCAUUGACGGCAAUGACGUCAUUUCCUUCAGCCCAGAGGGACCCCCUGCUGGUGACGUCAUUGCUGGGAGUGAUGUCAUCGCCCCCACCCCCGGGGCCGAUGACACCGAUGAUGUCAUCAGCCACGAGGCUGACUUCACUGAUGACGUCAUCGCGUGGGACGAGUUUGCCAGUGACGUCAUCAUGGAUAGACGUGACAUCACCGAUGACGUCACAGCUGGGAUGGGCUUACACGAGGACGACCUCAGCGAUGACGUCAUCACCGACCACGAUGUCAACUAUGACGUCAUCGAGGGACCGGAGCCGGGCGAUGACGUCACCCCCGAGAGCGACACCACCGAUGACGUCACUGUAGGACACGACGUCGACGAUGACGUCACUGCGGGACAUGACGUCACCUAUGACGUCACCACCUCCGAUAGCGACACCGCCGAUGACGUCACCGACCGCGGCUUCCCCGAUGACGUCACGGGCGGGGACAGCUUUGCCGAUGACGUCAUCGCCUGGCCCCCACUCUCGGACGAGCCCGGGGAUGAUGUCACAUCUGGAGAUGAUGUCACUGAUGACGUCAUCACUCGCCGCCGCCUUCCCUCCCUCCCUGAUGAUGACAUCAGCGAUGACGUCAUCCCUGGCGGGCACCUCCUUGAUGACGUCAUCCACUGCAGUGACCUCACCGAUGACGUCAUGGCCGGGGACGACCUCCUGGAUGACAUCACGGGAGACGACGAUGACGUCACGUUCCCGGGGCUGGGGCCCCUCCCCGCCGAUGACGUCAUCACCGCCAAUGAUGACGUCACCUCCUCCCUGCUCGGCGAUGACGUCACCGCCUGGGACGAGCUCGGUGAUGACGUCACGGCCGACGGCGAUGACGUCACACCCUUCCUGCCCAGGGGGGGUGAUGUCACUCCCCCGGGCCACGCCCCCGGCUCCGACGAUGACGUCAUGGGUGACGUCAGCGAGGGGGCGGAGCGGCCGCUGCUCGGGGCUCCUCCCAUUGGCCAACGCGGUGACGGCGCCGAUGACGUCACGGACGAGGCGACCCCAGAGGGCGGGGCAGGCGCCCCCCGGGCCCCGCCCCCUCCCGGCUGCCCCCUCGUGUUCGUGGCCCUCGUUUGCCUCCUGCUCGCCCUCCUCCUCCUCGCCGGGGUCUUUGCGGCCGUGCACUACGUGAAGGUUUUCAUCAUCAGCUCGUCCUUCUCCGUCCCCGCCUCCGAGUCCUUCCCGUGACCCUCCGUGACCUCUGUCACCCUCUGUCACCCCCUGUCACCUCUGUCACCCCCUCUGUCACCUCUGUCACCCCCCUGUCACCCCCCGUCACCCCCUGUCACCUCUGUCACCCCCUCUGUCACCUCUGUCACCCCCCUGUCACCCCCCGUCACCCCCUGUCACCCCCUGUCACCUCUGUCACCCCCUCUGUCACCCUCU